AUGGAUCCAUUGACAAAUGCGUUUGCAAACAAUCUUUAUUCGAUUAAAGAAGUAACUCAGGAUUCUCUGAAGUCCAUUUUGGAACAUUGUAUCGCUAAUCCUUCCCCAGAAAAUUUAUGGACACUUUCAAGAUUUAUACAAUUAGCACCUGCUUCAGUAUUAAAACCCAACAUUGACAAGAUUUCCAAAUUAACUAUACCAAAUCGCCAGAAAAUGUUAUCGGCUUCGUUCGCUUCUUCACAUUUAAUAAUGAGAUCUGAUGAAAUUGGCCAAACAGACGCCUACAAAUGGGUAAAGAGCAUGCCAUGGCCUACAAAUCCCCUCCAUGCAUCAUACAUAUACAAUAUCAUCGCUCGUCCUUCAUUCUGUUCUAGUUUACCAACUAUAUGGAGUUUGCUUCAAUCAAGUAACGGAAUGAUUCAAAAACAUGCUGCUGGAGCCAUUGCAAAGUCAGCCAAGAGCCCAGCGAACUUUCUUCGCAGAGUUUUAGCAACAAUCACUCCUGAUUCGCCGCCUGAUGUUCAAAGGCUGGAUAUACAAAAUCCUACGCCUACUCUUGUUCGUGGCUUGAUAUUAAUUGCUGGAUGUUUGACACAGCAUCAAAUUUCUGCAUCAGAAUAUUCAAAACCACUGCUUGCAGUUAUUUCAACAGUUCCCAACACAAAAUCGGAAAAGGAUACAGCUAUUCUUGCUCAAGAACUGCUUUCGAGAGUCAUUGUUCAACAACCUUCAGCUUUUCAUACAACAGAUUUUUAUUCCCCCGCAUUAGUCCAAAUACGUCAGAAUAAUUUAUCUCCUACCUUCUUACAAGCUAUUUUAGCCGUUUUUGGUCUUUCUGCCGUUAGAAAAUUUGUUGUUCCUUUAAUUCAGAGAUGGAUUGACAGUGUUAAGACAUCUUUAUCGUAUUUAGAAGUUAUUGCGCCAUACUCUGGAUUCUUACCUCCGCAAGUUCAAAUUGAAAUUCAUUCUGCGCUUAUAGAGUUACUUAAGAAGAAGCCAUAUGAUAGAAGGCUCAUAGAUAUCAUUUCAUUGUACAUGGAGAACUCCCAUCCAUCAGAAUCUCCGUAUUUCAGCACAUUUAUAGAAAUUAUCAAAGAAUAUCAUGGAGAAACAAGUAUUAUGUCAUUCUUACAUCCACUUUUCGAGCCAAAGAGUGAACCAGUCAGACAUCCUCAUAGAAAAGUCAUGAUUGUUCCUCAAAUCGAAAUGAAAGAAGCAUUCGUUCAAGCUGAGGUUCCAAAGAGAAACAUUAUCAUUCAAUGCGAUGUGAAACGCGAUAUAAGACCGAUUUCUCAGCCAAAAUCAGCAUUUGCUGUACAAACAAGCAAAUCCGAAAUAGAAAAGCCAAAUUUCGUAACAGCAGCAGAGAAGAUUGCCUCCAUAAAGGAAAAGAAAGUUGAACCUGAACCUGAAAUUGAUAUUGAUAUAGAUAUUAAUAUGGAUUCACCUGAUAAUACUGAUGAUGACUCUGAUGAGUAA